AUGUCGGGCGAAGACGUCGAUGUGCCCGCCACGAAGAAGGCAUUCGUGCCACUUGAAAACAACCCAGAAGUCAUGACACAUCUGGUGCGCGAGCUCGGCCUUUCGCCAUCCCUACAAUUCCACGACGUAUACUCGCUGACGGAACCGAGCCUGCUUGCAUUCCUGCCGCGACCGGCGCUGGCGCUGCUGCUGGUAUUCCCCGUGACGGAGACAUACGAGCGAAAUCGGGUGCAGGAAGACUCUACGCGGGGACCCUACACCUCCAAGGGAAACCUGGAUGACGAAGAAGGCGGCAUAGUGUGGUUCAAGCAGACGAUCCGCAACGCGUGCGGACUGAUUGGCCUGCUGCACAGCGUCACCAACGGCGCCGCCCGCGACCAGAUCGUCCCCGGCAGCGAUCUGCACAAACUCCUCCAACAGGCCGUCCCGAUCACUGACCCCGACGAACGCGCCGAGUUACUUUACAACAGUAAAGCUCUUGAGGCGGCACAUGCCACGGCUGCCGCAAAGGGCGAUACCGAGGCGCCUGAGGCCGAUGCCAAAGUGGACUUGCAUUUCGUUGCGUUUGUCAAGGACACCAAGAACGGCGAUCUGUGGGAGUUGGAUGGUCGGAGAAAGGGCCCUAUCAAUCGUGGCAGAUUGGGUCCGGAUGAAGAUGUCUUGAGCGAGAAGGCCCAGGAGUUGGGCGUCCGUGCCUUCUUCAAGAGAGAGGAGGAGGCUGGCAAUCGAGAGUCGAGGUUCAGUGUCGUUAUGUUGGGUCCGAGUUUGGAGUAA